ACCUUCAUAGACAGAAUCACACACAUGCGCACAAACAACUUUCUCAUAAUGCUCAGAGGCAGACGCUCCAACAACAGCAUACAAAUGACUCAGGUGGCUCUCAGGAUCGUGGAAACGACUUUAUUCUUCCUUUUAUUGAACGUGGUUCACAGAAAACAGGAUUGCUGGUACAACCAUUCGGAAGAAAUCCUCCGAACGCCAAGUAAAUCAUUGUGCCUGGCUCCUGGUUCCAAACAGGGGAAGAGACUACAGCAGUGUUGGAAGAAAGCCAAGUUCAACGAAAAGUGGGUGAGAACCUGUCUAUCGCAGAAAAAGGGUCAAACAGAAAGGGAAGCCAAUGAAGCAGUAAUACAGUAAAGAAUAGUUUUUUAAAAUGUCCUUUUGAUAUGUAUGGAACUGGGCUAAGAAUUUAUGUUAAAUGUCCAUUUGUAUUUUGUUUGCUUCUGGGAGCCACACUAUUUUUGUCCUGCUAUUAAUACCGCUUUCAUGUAUCAAUGUUGCAAUGCUUUUAAAAAUAAACUGAUUGUA